UUGACUUCAACCAGCAAUGCCAGUCGGAGCUCUGAGUUGGGGAUGGUGACGCUUGCAAAAGCGCGUGUCCGGCGUUUGGGAGUCCCUAAUAUCGUUGCAGUGGCGUGUAUAGCACACCCAUCACGUGUAAACAGCCGACUUAUUCUACGAUGUUAAGGCCACGGGUCCGAGAUCCUACAGCUAUGCAUACGAUGAUGCUACAAGCACAUUCACAUAAACUUGAGCAGAUUAGAUCUGCCCUGCCCGGCCCGGCAUUAACACCGCCCAAGUCAAGUUGAUCUUUUUAUUUUCAGCUUCUUAAAUUAUUUCUCAUCUUUUGGCGGAAGGCACUCAGACAAAGGUAUAUUCAUCUUCUUUAAUUUAAUUCUCAAUCUUAUUUACCUAUUUUUUUACAAAGGUUUUUUCCCACUUGCAGUCGCUUUUCUACUUACUAUUUUUGCAGAAAAAAUUCAGAUAAUCAGUCUCCUGCAACUUAUUCUGUUUUUCCUGUUUUAUAGGUUUGCAUACAUGGAGGUCUUAGGAUCAAUCCUAGAAAUUGUAAGAAUCAUAUGGGAUCCAAUUGGAAAAUGUUUCAAGUAUCAUCGAAGUGUUGAAAAAUACAUGAUGAUUCUCCAUAAAAAAAUGGAAGAAUUAAACAGCAGGAGGGAAGACAUAGAAUCAAGAUUGAACAUAGAACUUCAUUCAGGUAAAACAUUGAAGAAAGAAGUCAAACUUUGGUUAGACAGUGUCCAAAAGGUUACUUCUGAACUACAUACCAUUAGUCAAGAAGUUGGAGAAAGGAAAUAUCUAUCUCGUGCACAUUUAGGGAAGAAGAUCAGUUUUAAGAUUCAGCUAGUGGAAGAACUCCAUCAAAAGGGUGCUUUUGGAGACAGGUUAGUAACUGAUGCUCCGCCAGGCAAUAAAGACAUAUUGCCAACAACAGAAUUAGUUGGUGAAACUACGGUUAGAAGUAAAAUAGAAGAGAUAUGGAAUUGCUUGAUGGAUGAUAAUUAUCGGAAGAUUGGAGUUUAUGGAAUGGGUGGAGUGGGGAAAACAACAAUGAUCAAACACAUCCAUAACAAACUCAUCAAAGAAACUAACAAGUUUGACAAUGUAAUUUUGGUGUCUGUAUCAAAAUCCACUAGUGUUACUCAAUUGCAAGAUAAAGUAGCCCAUGCACUAGGGGUUUGUAUGUCGGAAAAUGAAAGUGAAAUGAUAAGGGCUGCUGAGUUAUUUGCAAUGAUGGGAACAAUGAGGAAGUAUAUUCUAAUUUUAGAUGAUGUUUGGGAAGAAUUUCAGCUUGAGGAUGUAGGAAUCCCCGAACCAACUGCAGAUAAUGAAAGCAAGUUCAUUUUAACAACCCGAUUGGCUGAUGUUUGUUUCAGGAUGGGAUGUAAAAGAAUCAAAGCUGAGCUUCUUACAGAAGAAGAAGCUUGGACCUUGUUUGUGGAGAAAGCUGGUUGUAAUAUUAUUUCUCCUCACAUAAAAGCGAUUGCAAAAGAAGUAGCAAGGGAGUGUGCUUGUUUACCUCUUGCUAUUGUCACAAUUGCUAGAAGUAUGAAAGGCGUCACUGAAUCUUGUGAGUGGAGAAAUGCACUAGAAGAACUAAGAGAUUCGACAAGGGGGCAUCAUGACAUGAGAAGGGUGCUUGAGCAGCUGAAAUUUAGCUAUAAUCACUUAGAUGAUGAGAAACAUAGACAUUGCCUUCUUUAUUGUGCACUUUACCCUGAAGAUUUGGAUAUUGGAAGAAAGGAGUUAAUAGAGCGUUUGAUUGCAGGGGGAGUAAUAGAUGGAAUGAGUAGCAGGCAGGCAGCGUUUGACAAAGGUCAUGCUAUGUUGAACAAACUUGAAAAAGCUUGCCUUUUGGAAUGUGUUACGGACAAGAAUGAGAAUAAUAAACGGGUGAAGAUGCAUGAUUUGAUUAGGGACAUGGUCCAUCAUGUCACUGACAUUAGUUCCCAUUUAAUGGUAAAAGCUGGGUUGCAUUUGAGAGAAAUUCCAAAUGAGACAUAUUGGACAGAGGAUCUUGAGAUGGUUUCCUUAAUGCAUAAUUACAUAUCAGAAAUCCCUUCUAAUGCAUCUCCAAUGUGUCCCAGGCUCUCGACCUUGUUACUUUCAUCAAAUCAUUGUUUGAGAAGGAUCCCAGAUCCCUUUUUCUUGCACAUGGGCACCCUUCAGGUUCUUGACCUAUCUGAUACUAGCAUUGAAGUUCUGCCAAACUCCAUCUCCAAGUUAGAGAAACUCACUGCCUUAUUGCUUAGACGGUGUGCAAGGUUAAGGUGUGUUCCACCAUUGGACAAACUCAUUUUUCUGAGGAAGUUGGACCUCUGUCAUGCUGGAAUCAAGGAAAUUCCACAAGGCCUAGAAAUGUUGGUCAGUCUAAGAUAUCUUAAUCUUUAUACACCACAUCUGGAGUUCUUACCCUGUGGGUCUCUAUCCAAACUCUUAAACCUCCAAGUGCUUAUAACGUAUGGGGCAUCAAAGACUUUAAAGGUUAAAGGGGAAGAAGUGGCAGGUUUGAAGAAGCUGGAAAUGUUUUCAGGCCAGUUCUACAGUAUGCAAGAUUUUAAUAGAUAUGUCCAUUCUAUUAGUACUAGAGGUCGAGAACCACAUAUGUACUCUAUCCGAGUGGGUGAAUCACAUGCUGUGACAGUUGAGGAAGAACAGGAGUCUUUUGGGAAACAUGUAAAGUUAGUUAAGUGCUUCAUUGGGAGAGGACACGAUGAGCUUUGCCUUCCAAAUGGCAUUCAGACUCUAGAUAUGUAUGACUGUCAUGGUGUUGCUAGUUUAUGUGAAAUUUCUUCAUUGAACAAUGCAACUGACCUGAGGUCCUGUGAAAUCACCAAGUGUGCUGAUGUGAAAUGUGCAUUCCAGGCCUCCUCAAGCAUCCCACUUCAAAGCUUGGAGUCGCUACGACUUAUAGAUUUGCUGAACUUUGUUUCCCUAAGCUACAAAGUAGGAGCUGUAACUCUUCCCGAUGGCACCUUUCGUAAUCUCAAAAGCUUUCUUAUUAGUCGGUGCCCAAACAUUAUCAGGCUGUUCACUCCCAGUUUGCUACUGCAGCUUCACAACCUUUCAGUUCUUGAAGUUUCAUUUUGUCCUGAAAUGGAGGAGAUAGUUGCGAAGGAACAUGAAGAGGAUCAUGGCGAAAGCAUUAAUGAGGACACAGCAACAACAAAUCAUCCAAUGUUAAGGCAUUUGUUUUUCUGUGAACUACCAAAGUUGAAGAGUAUCUAUGUGGGAAUAUUGCGUUGCGAGUCUCUCCAAGUAAUUGAAAUAUAUGGGUGUCCAAGGCUAAACAGACUUCCUUUCUCUCUAUAUCUAGUUCCCUCAAACCUUGAGAAAAUCUCAGCAACAGAAGAAUGGUGGGAAUCACUAGAGUGGGAUCAACCAAAUGCAAAGAGUGCCUUUCAACCUUUUUUUAAAAAUUGCUUGCCACAUCGGAUACGGUUCAGAAACAGGAGCAUAUGACAAAGGAUUUCUCUUUUCAUUGAAUCUGCAACUUUUGGAUCGAAUUGCUUCUGUCUUGUUGAAUGAUAUUGCUUCUGUACUUGUAUAUGGUCAUAUUAUUUUCUUAGCUUUGAUAAGCACAAAGAUAUACAGGUACAUUUGUCAUUGUAUCAAAUUUCGGUCUUGAUUAUUUGUAUGUAUUGAUUAAGCUUCGUAGUUAUGUGCUUUCAUGAACAAUAGGUAAUAU